AUGUCUUCUCACGGUGAAAUCUGGGUCUGGGGUCGCAAUGACUACGGGCAGCUUGGUAUGGGAUUCGAAGUGAUGCGGAUGCGGGAGUUCUGCGUGCAUUAUCCUUUCCUGAUGCGAAACUUGCCCAUGGAGGGCCACGUUCUGCGGGAUUUUGCCUGUGGCGACCACCACAUCGUAGCAGUGACGAGCGCAGGUGCGAUCUACGAGUGGGGAGACAGGCAAUACUUCGAACCGACCUCCAUCACUUUGCCGAGCCGCUACCAGGAAGGCCUCAAGGGUAUCUGGAAGGUGGCAGCUGGAGCGAGUUGUUCAUUUGCCUUGUCAAUGGACGGGUCACUCUACAGCUGGGGCCGCAAGUCGAGCGGCUGCCUAGCGCUCGGUGAUUCCUGUGACGACUGGGUCCGAAGGCCAGUACAGAUUCCGAGACCCUGA